CAUGCACGAUCACUGAUCGUCCGGCGCCCGCGCCGCCCUCCCCGCCGAGCCAAAGGGUAGCAUUCCUCCCUACUCGAAAUAGCACUCUCGCCGCCGGUGCGUGCGUGUCCGUGUCCGCGCCGGCGUCGCGUGAACGAGGACGAGGCGAUGUCUGUGUCGUCCCACCGCCACGUCGACCCACGCUGGCCGACGAGGAUCGCUGUCGUCGUUGAUUGCUACCGGGCGGCGAGUUUCUGCGGCGCUGAUUAGCUUUCCGGGGUUCGAUCGAUCGAUCGAUCGAUUGAUUGACCUCACCUUCCUGCCGCGCGAUGGAUCCGCGGGGGAAGGGCAGCAUCAAGUCGUAUGGAUCGGACAAGUCGUCGCCGUCGGGCUCGUUCGACUUCGAGCACGACCAGGACCCGGACCGCCUCCGCCACCACGACGACGUGCACCGCCGCGAGGUCGUCGUCAAGAUCGACCCCGAGGCCCACGUGGCGAUGGAGCUCCACGCCGGUGGCAGCCAUGCCAACGUGUCGGGGCGCAGCUCCACCUACAGCUCCACGGUGAACACGCCGCGCGCUGGCGGGGUGGUGGUGGGGGGCGUGGUCCCUGGGUCCGGUUCGGUGUCGAGCGCGUCGACCUCGCCAGGCGCUGGGGCCGACGGCGAGUCGUUCAGCUUCAAGAACCGGCCGCCGCAGUCGCCGUCGUCUCCAGCGAUGAGCAUCGGCGGGGAAGGCAGCGACGACCCGCCGAGCCGCCUCAUUGGCAGCUUCCUACGCAAGCAGGCGGCGGCCGGCUGCGAGCUGUCACUCGAUCCCGAUCUGGAUAUGGAGGAGCUGAGGAGGCCGCCGCGCGCGCCCACUUCUAUGAACGCCUCCUCAAGGGAGCUGCGCGUCUCGUUCCAAGAUCCACACAAGCGGUUCUCCCCGUCGACGUCGUCGGCCUCCACUUCCUCCUACGCCGGCGACAGCAGGAACCAAGCCUCUAGCACAGUGGAAACCGCCGAGGUGAUCCGAUGCACGUCGGUAUCCACUGGAAACAGCAUGUUGGCUCGCAGCAAGACGCGUUCCCGGCUAAUGGACCCCCCGCCGCCGGCGAGUAGUCACCCCACCGACGCGGAGCGCUCCGACCGCAAGUCGUUCGUCUCCAAGGGUCCUCCCAAGUCAGGGCAGCUCCGGUCGGGCCUGAUCGGCAAGUCGGGGCUUAUCGGCAAGUCAGGCCCCAUCGGGAAGCCCGGCGCCUUCGAAGACGAGGACGACGACCCGUUCGUGGAGGAGGGGCUCGCCGCCGACUUAAAGCGCGACACGUUCGACUGCCUCCUCAUCCUGGAAUGGGUCGGGCUCAUCGUCAUCAUGGGCUUGCUCGUGUGCAGCCUCACCAUACGCAGCCUCGCCAACAAGAAGCUCUCGGGGCUCCACCUCUGGAAGUGGGAGCUCCUGGUGUUCGUGCUCAUCUGCGGGCGCCUCGUCUCCGGCUGGGUGAUCCGCAUCUCCGUCUUCUUCGUGGAGCGCAACUUCCUGCUGCGGAAGAAGGUGCUCUACUUCGUCUACGGCGUGCGCCGCGCCGUGCGGAACGUGCUCUGGCUCGGCCUCGCGCUCAUCUCAUGGCACCUCCUCUUCGACAAGGACGCCAAGCGGGAGACGCACACGCUGGUGCUGCCCUACGUCACCAAGGUGCUGUGCUGCCUCCUCGUCGCCACCGUGAUGCGCCUCGUCAAGACGUUGUUGCUCAAGGUGCUCGCCUCCUCCUUCCACGUCUCCACCUACUUCGACCGGAUCCAGGACGCGCUCUUCAACCAGUACGUCAUCGAGACGCUCUCCGGCCCGCCGCUGGUCGACGAGAGCCGCAUGCUCGCCGAGGUGCAGCGGCUGCAGAGCGUGGGGAUCAACAUCCCGAGCGAGCUCCAAGCAGCCAUACCGAGCAAGCCGGAGGGGGCGGCCUCCGGGCCAGGGCCAAAGAGUGGGCGCCUCACGGUGAACCCGUCGAGGCGAGGAGGAGGAGCAGGAGGAGGAGGGGGAGGGGGAGGGGGAGGGGGAGCAGGGGUCAGCAAGCAGCUGCAGAGGCAGAAAACCGAGCGCCAAUGCGACGACGGGAUCACGAUCGACCAGCUCCAUAGGCUUAGCCAGAAGAACAUCUCUGCUUGGAGCAUGAAGAGGUUGAUGAAGAUUGUUCGCUAUGGCGCGCUGACCACCAUGGACGAGCAGAUCAAGCAUGCCACCGGAGAGGACGAGCUGGCGACGCAGAUACACAGCGAGUACGAGGCCAAGGUUGCUGCCAAGAGGAUCUUCCACAAUGUCGCCAAGCCCCACUCCAAGCACAUAUACUUGUCAGAUUUGAUGCGUUUCAUGAGGCAGGAGGAAGCUUUGAAAGCAAUGGAUCUUUUUGAAGGGGCACAGGAGCAUAACAGAGUCAGCAAGAGGUCACUCAAGAACUGGGUGGUAACUGCAUUCAGAGAGCGCAAAGCUCUUGCUCUGACGCUCAAUGACACAAAAACUGCAGUGAACAAGCUCCACCAGAUGGCCAAUGUCGUCGUUGCGGUUAUUGUGAUUGCACUAUGGCUUCUCAUUCUAGGAAUCGCUACGUCACGCUUCUUCGUCUUCAUCAGCUCUCAGCUUCUUGUUGCCGUUUUCAUGUUUGGCAAUACUCUGAAGACCAUCUUUGAGGCGAUUGUGUUCUUGUUUGUGAUGCAUCCUUUUGAUGUUGGUGAUCGUUGUGAAGUUGAUGGGAUGCAGGUAGUCGUCGAGGAAAUGAACAUCAUGACGACAAUCUUCCUCCGAUAUGACAACCUGAAGGUCUAUUAUCCAAACAGUCAGCUCGCCAUCCAACCAAUAAUGAAUUACUACAGGAGUCCUGAUAUGGGAGAUGCAAUCGAUUUCUCUGUCCAUGUCGCUACACCUGUCGAGAAACUGGCCCUCAUGAAGGAAAGACUAAUGCAUUACCUUGACAACAAGAAAGAACAUUGGUACCCUGGAUCCAUGGUUGUGCUCCGUGACGUGGAUGACACAAACAAAUUAAGGGUAUCCAUAUGGUGCCGUCACACGAUCAACUUCCAUGACAUGGGGAUGAGAUUCGAGAGGAGGGAGUUAUUGCUCCAAGAGAUGAUCAAGGUCUUGAAGGAUCUCGACAUCGAAUACCGGAUGAUACCACUCGACAUCAACGUUCGCAACGCGCCUAUGAUCCAGUCUUUAAGGAUGCCAACGACAUGGACAACGUAUUCUUGAAAUGCAGUACCAAACUAUCAUGCCUGAUCGGUGUUAGUGAUGAGAUUAUGGAUUGAAGUUGCUAGCUAGGCAGCAGUAUUUCUUGAGUAAGGUGAGGUAGUAUUGUAACUGAAGUGCCCUUCUGCUUUCCUGCAUCUUGCCCAGGGCACAUUCGGUUGAGUGGAUUGAGCUGUGACAGUUUGCUAGAAAGAAGCAAGAGGCAUGUGUUACUGUCCUUGCAGCCACCGCUUGCGCUUUCCUGUAACUGUAGAGUUAAAGUGUUCUGGUGCUUCUGAGGAUAAGUUAGACAUGCUGCUACAAAAUAAUUUUGAUGAUUUCAUGCAUCAAAAACUGAAUGCAAUUUUGACUGCGAAUACCGGAAUAUCGAGCUUGAAGCAUAUAGUUCUGUAACUAUUUUUACCUGGAACUUUCCCCCUGGAUAAGGCUGAUCUAGCAGGCAUUGGCCUGUCUUUUCUUAACAAAAGAAGGUAGAGAGACAUUUUUAUUUUCAUGGCCUAGUAUUUACUUUGCCUGUAGGAGUAAUAAGGUUGCACAGGAUUUGGCAUUUUUUAUUUUGGAAUAAGAAGAUAGAAGAGACUCUACCUUGUAUCCAUUUCAAUGAUAAAAUGGGUUGGUGUUACAAUUUCGAAUACAGAAGGGGGAGGGGGAAAUAUACUAGGAAAGAAAAGUUUCCAGCUUCUUUUAGGUACAUAAACAAAGUAGCAAGAGUUUAAAGGAAAAAGAAAACUUGCAAAAGUUAAAGGUGCCGAACAGUCCAUUGGUUCAUCAUCUUCUGGUUGAGUUGUUUGCGCGAUGGCCCAUAAAUCAAUAGUAUCUUUGAU